ACGAAACCAAAUCUAUGCGCGGCUAUGCCUGAACCUAGCUACCCAACCUCAAUAAUAUCCAUAUACAUUGGGCAUUAGUCCCCUGCAGUCUCCGGGUUGCAUUACAAUAUUCAAGCGCGCGCAUCACAGCUGCCCCAGAUACAUCUCCCUCCAUGAUCCUCGCGACUCCUCGCAUCACUCACCACCUUCACAGCAUCCCGCCACCGGGUCCGGGCCACCGCAGGACUAGGAGACUCCUCUCCACAGCACACGCCGCCGUGCGGCCAGAUGAUGCCACCACGGAGGCAGCAGGAGAGGGCACAUCGUCGUCGUCGCCGUCGUCGGAAAGCCUGAGGGCGGCUAAGCCUGCCGCGACGACGAUGGCUCCGGCUCCAGCGGCGUUUUCGUUGCCCAAGGACUACAGCCAUACUCUGUUCCACUCCGAGUGCCUGGAGGUGCUGGGCCUGGUGGACCUCGAGUCGCUGCGGAAGCGGCCGAGGCUCACCGUGGGGGUGACGGUGAAGGCGUCCGUGGUGCUCCCGGUGCUCGUGGUGCUGGCGGUCCUGUACCUCACGGACGUGGCCAAGGGUGUUGUCGACUGGACGCAUCAUCACCUGGAGAGCGAGGACGUGGGGGACUAGCUAGCUAGUUAGAGGGACGCCGGCCUCCCAGGCACAGCUCUCCAUUGUAUCGAUGCAGGCAUGCAGCAGGCUGAACUUGCUGGUGUAAAAAAUUAGCUUCAGGCUUCGGCUAGCUCUGCUGAUAUUUCUUUCCUUUUCUAUUAUUUCCCAUUUGUAAUAAACUGUAAAUAAACUGACUUUUAGUGGUGCGUUUAUGUAACCCUGCUUUAUCUUA